AUGAAAAAUCUACAAAAACCUUUGGAUGUAUCAAUAUCAACAAUAAAGUGCAAUGACUGGGAUAAAAAUCAAGUAGCUACCGGUCUCAAGCUUGAAGCAAUUGAUUUGAAAUUUGAAUAUGAGGAUAGAGAGACCACAGAUGUAGCCAUUGUUGAUAGGGUUCUAUUUCAUCAAAAGCCCCAUAAAAUCAUAUUUAUAUGCGAAGACAGUCAACAACAAUUUUGCUUUCAAAAGCUGGGAUCUAACGAAGAUCUCGAUUUCACAAGAAAACUAUCUAGCAAGAAAGAUAACAUACUCGAAGUAAGCCUGGAUCCCUGUGAGGAUGAGAAGAUUUUCAAAGUCAAAUACGAAGAGCUCCAUAUAUUUUCUAUGAGUGAAGGUAUUGGAUACUUUUUGAAUUGA